AAAGAAAGCGUCUGUCCCAGGGGAGGAAAGGCGUCUGAAGGGGCAGAGCCUGCUGCUACCUGCAGGGUGCUCCCCAACCCCCCACCCAGGCGCCCGCUUUCGUCCUCUCCCCUCCUGCUUUCGUCCCCUGCCCCCACCUCCUCAUUGGUGCUGGUUUGCAGCGCUUGGCUCCUGCGCCUCUGCUUCGUGUUUGAAUCUGGCUCGCCCCUCCAUAUUAUGUCUGCACUCCGAAGGAAAUUUGGGGACGAUUAUCAGGUAGUGACCACUUCGUCGAGCGGCUCGGGCUUGCAGCCCCAGGGGCCAGGGCAGGGUCCGCAGCAGCAGCUUGUACCCAAGAAGAAGCGGCAGAGGUUCGUGGACAAGAACGGCCGGUGCAAUGUGCAGCACGGGAACCUGGGCAGCGAGACCAGUCGCUACCUCUCAGACCUCUUCACCACCCUGGUGGACCUCAAGUGGCGUUGGAACCUCUUCAUUUUCAUCCUCACCUACACCGUGGCCUGGCUCUUCAUGGCGUCCAUGUGGUGGGUGAUCGCUUAUACUCGGGGCGACCUAAACAAAGCCCAUGUAGGCAACUACACUCCCUGUGUGGCCAAUGUCUAUAACUUCCCCUCCGCCUUCCUCUUCUUCAUCGAGACCGAAGCCACCAUCGGCUAUGGCUACCGCUACAUCACCGACAAGUGCCCCGAGGGCAUCAUCCUUUUCCUUUUCCAGUCCAUCCUGGGAUCCAUCGUGGACGCUUUCCUCAUAGGCUGCAUGUUCAUUAAGAUGUCCCAGCCCAAGAAGCGCGCCGAGACCCUCAUGUUUAGCGAGCAUGCGGUGAUCUCCAUGAGGGACGGAAAACUCACUCUCAUGUUCCGGGUGGGCAACCUGCGCAACAGCCACAUGGUAUCCGCUCAGAUCCGCUGCAAGCUGCUCAAGUCUCGGCAGACACCUGAGGGUGAAUUCCUUCCCCUUGACCAACUUGAACUGGAUGUAGGUUUUAGUACAGGGGCAGAUCAACUUUUUCUUGUGUCCCCUCUCACAAUUUGCCACGUGAUUGAUGCCAAAAGCCCCUUUUAUGACCUAUCCCAGCGAAGCAUGCAGACUGAACAAUUUGAGGUUGUCGUCAUCCUAGAAGGCAUCGUGGAAACGACGGGGAUGACUUGUCAAGCUCGGACAUCAUACACUGAGGAUGAAGUUCUUUGGGGUCAUCGUUUUUUUCCUGUAAUUUCUUUAGAAGAAGGUUUCUUUAAAGUUGAUUACUCCCAGUUCCAUGCAACAUUUGAAGUCCCCACCCCUCCGUACAGUGUUAAAGAGCAGGAAGAAAUGCUUCUUAUGUCCUCGCCUUUAAUAGCACCAGCCAUAACCAACAGCAAAGAAAGACAUAAUUCAGUGGAGUGCUUAGAUGGACUAGAUGACAUUAGCACAAAACUUCCAUCAAAGCUGCAGAAAAUUACUGGGAGAGAAGACUUUCCCAAAAAACUCCUGAGGAUGAGUUCUACAACUUCAGAAAAAGCCUAUAGUUUGGGUGAUUUGCCCAUGAAACUUCAACGAAUAAGUUCAGUUCCUGGCAACUCUGAGGAAAAACUGGUCUCUAAAACCACCAAGAUGUUAUCUGACCCCAUGAGCCAGUCUGUGGCAGAUUUGCCACCAAAGCUUCAAAAAAUGGCUGGAGGACCUGCCAGGAUGGAAGGGAAUCUUCCAGCCAAACUAAGAAAAAUGAACUCUGACCGCUUCACAUAGCAAACAUCUCUUUAGGCAUUAUUUAAUGUUUUGAUUUAGUAUUAGUCCAAGAUUUGGCUUACAAGAUAAUCCUCCCUAGGAAAAUUGAGAGGUCUAUCCAGUCCAGAAAGUACAUUUGAGAACUCUUCAUCCCAGUGUUGUUACAUUGCAGAUCAUGAGUUAUGAAGGGAGGCCAUCAUAAGAAAGUUAUUAGUGGGCAUGUAUUAUCACAUCAAGCAUGCAAUAAUGUGCAAAUUUUGCAUUUAGUUUUAUGGCAUGAUUUAUAUAUGGCAUAUUUAUAUUGAAUAUUAUGGAAAAAAGAUAUAUAAAUAUAUAUUUGAAGUGGAGAUAUUCUCCCCAUAAUUUCUAAUAUAUGUUUAAGCCAAACAUCAGUGGAUAGCUUUCAGGGCACUAAAAUUACAUAUAUAUACAUACACACAAUUGAACACACACAUGCACAUACACACAUACAUAACAUACCCAUAUAAACAUAUAUAUCUAAUAAAAAUUGUGAUGUUUUGUUCAAAUUUGUAUUUCUUGUGCAUGUUUACUUUAUUAGACUAGGAAGGCUGCUGGCAUUGAUUAUGAAAACCAAAUAUUUUAGCCUUAAAUUAUUUGUUAUUUAAAAAUCUGAUUUAAUGUUUUCUGCUGUUAAGGUCAUGGAAUCUUUCAACUGUACUUUAUCAAGAAAGAUUUUUCAGAAGUCUGUGGUAUUCAUGGUACCGCAGAGACAUCCUUAUUAUGUAUUUAAUUUGUACAUUUUAGGGUGUGCCAGUAACUGGUACACAACAUUGAACUUUUCUUCUGAUUUUUAGAAGUCACUAGAACUGUUGUUGGGUAAAUAAAAGUCUAUUAAUUCAUCAAUUAGUCUUUUCCUAGACUAUAUCUUUAAGUUGGAUUUGUACACAGUCUAAUAAAAAUAUGAGCUCUGAACAAAUGCUGAAUCAUUGCAAUAGUCAGUAGCAAGGUUAUAUUUGAAUAUUUGAGUUU